AUGUUCGCUGAACACGAGUUGCCUCCACUGGAAGUGUCCUGGUUACAGCGCGAUGUGCUUCUGUUCGCGAACAGUAUCGGUGUCACUGCCAAAGAACUUCAUUUCCUUCACGAACUCCAUCCCCGGUUCAUGGUGUUUCCGACUUACCCUCUGAUCUUGCCAUUUAACCUUACCGACCAAGAGGUUAUUGAGUUUUAUUGCCGCAACGCUUCCAACACCAUUCCAGGAGCUCCAGCUCUAGAUCUCCGUUAUGCUGUUGACGGCCAACGAGAACUCACGAUUCACCGUCCACUUCCUAUAGCAAGCAUAGGAGCAAGAUUCGAGUUAAGAAAUAAGGUCAUUGGCAUCUACGACAAGGGUAAAGCCGGCAGCGCCUUUGAGACAGAGCAGCAAAUUGUCAACACCGGAACAGAUGAAGUAUAUACAACGACGCGCACUGUGAGCUUCGUCCCGAAACAGGGAAAUUGGGGAGGUCCACGAGAAAAUGAAAGCACUAAUUUAAACGUGAUCCAUAUUCAAAGCCCCAAAUCGCCUACCUAUCCCUCUCCCAACUGCGCACCAGAUGCAACCCAUGAAGUGCAGAUUACAGACAAUACGAUCUUUCUAUACCGUCUCAAUGGUGACUACAACCCGCUUCAUGCUGUUCCGGAACCAGGGCUGGAGAUGGGGAUGGGUGGUGUCAUCAUUCACGGUCUUUUCACGUAUAGUUCCACAUGCCAUGGGGUUUUGCAAAAAAUUUACGAUUAUGAUGCGACCCAGCUCAAAAAGUUCCAGGCAAGAUUUGCCUCCCUUGUCAGGCCAGGUCACAAGUUGAUCACGAAAAUAUGGCGCAUGGGGAUAACCGAAGGGCUGGAAGAAGUGCGAUUUACCACCACAAAUCAGAACGAGAAGAUGGUCCCGAGUAAUAGCAGGGCUCUCUUUUUGCCCAAGCGCCCCAUUUCAAAUCUUUGA